UUUCGUCGAAAGUCCAGAGACAUUUCUUGCAUCUCCUUCUAGCUCCUGAGCUGACACUCUCUCCUGUCUUUGCUUUCACGCACACAGAAAAAAUGGAGGCAAAGGUGAUGGAGGGAGCUCUGUCCUCAUCGACUACUUCCCUCUCGGCCUUCAAAUCUUCAAGACCCGUUUCGCCUUUCGCUUCAAAAACAACUCUCAGGUCCGGUUUUGGAACAAAAGGGUGUCGUCCAAUUCAAGCUUCUUCUUCAAAUUCCCUCCUCAGAUACUCGAGGAAGAGCAGGAUGGAUCAGAGUGAUACCCUGACUCUAGAAAGCCUGCGAAAGUCAUUAAUCAGACAAGAGGACAGCAUAAUAUUCUGCUUACUCGGGAGGGCAAGAUACUGUUACAAUGCAGAUACAUAUGACCACGAUGCUUUUGCCAUGGAAGGGUUUCAUGGGUCAUUGGUCGAGUUCAUGGUCAGAGAAACAGAAAAGCUUCAUGCACAGGUGGGGAGGUACAAAAGCCCCGAUGAGCAUCCUUUCUUCCAAGAGCAUCUGCCCGAGCCGAGGCUUCCAUCCCUUCAAUUCCCUCGGGUUUUGCAUGCCAGUGCACAUUUGAUCAACAUAAAUAACAAGGUCUGGAAUGUGUACUUCAGUAACCUCCUCCCUAGAUUGGUCAAAUCAGGUGAUGAUGGUAACUAUGGUUCAGCUGCUAUUUGCGACACAAUUUGUCUGCAGGCACUUUCAAAGAGAAUACACUAUGGUAAAUUUGUCGCUGAAGCAAAGUUUCGCGAUUCUCCAUCUGUCUAUGAGGCUGCAAUUAAAGUUAAAGACUGGGCCAGGCUGAUGGAGCUGCUCACGUAUCCGGAGGUUGAAGAAGCCAUUAAGAAAAGAGUCGAGACCAAGGCCAAAAAAUUUGCUCAGGAGCUAAACAUCGAUGAUGACGCAGAGGACCCAGCCGAUCCUGUGUACAAAAUAGAGCCGAGCUUAGUUGCGAAUCUUUACAGUGAUUGGAUCAUGCCCCUAACGAAGGAAAUUCAAGUCCAGUACUUGCUGAGAAGGUUGGAUUGAUAAGUCAAAAAGUGCUCAUAUUGUUGCUCGACGAUUUCUUUUCUGGUUUCCAAUGGCUACGGACUGUGACAAAGUGGCCAGGUUUCAAUUGAUUUGAUUUCAAAUAAAACAUGGGUAACCUCAAACUGUGAGGUGGGAUAGGAAGUGACACAAUUAUGGUACCCACCUACAUGUGACUAUGGUAUCCCCUUUUUCAUCAUCGGCCCAUGAUAGAAUAAAAGCUUCACUUUCAAGCA